UUUUGUCUUAUCUUCACAGAGCAACGGCCUCUCUUGUGUCCUGUCUGCUCCCAAGCUAGAUUACACAAAACCAUUUUGUAAUACAUUUAACACCUGAUUAUGAAGGAUUAUCCUAAAAAGGAAUUGCUACACAUGAAAGAUAAGUUAAGUCACUCAAGCCUUUUGGAUCUGACUGUGCACAGGGGUCUCCAACACAGGUGGAAAAUAGCUACACAAGGAAGUGGUCAAACCGAUUUUGGACCGCAGCUUAAGUCUAUGAACAAGCAGCUUUUCACAAUUGUUGCUUGGGAUCCUCGGGGAUAUGGACAAUCCAUCCCUCCAUCUCGAGACUUUCCUCCAGAUUUCUUUGAGAGGGAUGCAAAAGAUGCUGUAGAUCUUAUGCAGGCACUGAAAUUUAAGAAGUUCUCUUUGCUGGGAUGGAGUGAUGGUGGCAUUACAGCACUCAUUGCAGCUGCAAAGUAUCCAGCUCUUAUCAACAAACUGGUUGUUUGGGGAGCAAAUGCCAGUGUUACUCAAGAGGAUGUGAGAAUUUAUAAUGGCAUCCGAGAUGUUUCAAAAUGGAGUGAAAAAGUGAAGAAACCCCUGGAAGAGAUGUAUGGACAUAAAUACUUUGCAAAAACCUGUGAGGCUUGGGUAGAUGGGAUAUCUCGCUUUGCUGAAAAAUCAGAUGGUAAUAUCUGCCAGCAGUUGCUGCCUCAUAUUAAAUGUCCCACAUUUAUAAUUCAUGGUGCGAAGGACCCUUUGCUUCCACGCUCUCAUGCAGAAUACAUUCAUGAGCGCAUCAAAGGCUCCCGGUUGCUUCUGAUGCCAGAAGGAAAGCAUAAUCUACAUCUGCGUUUUGCAGAGGAAUUCAACAGACAAGUAGAAGACUUCCUAGUGUGAUUUCAACUAUAACGUUAGUUAAGAGGUAUUUUUCCUUUCACUGUUUAGCUAUUUUACUUGAUUUUUUUCCAUUUUGAUUCAAGUAAUAGGUUUGAGUCCUGUAGGAAAGAACAUGGGUUUGCAUGAGAAGCAUACACUGAGAAUAAUGUUUAUGGAGCACAGUCCUUAAUAUGUGUAAAAUCAGAAUUUAAGAACACAAGAACAGACAGUAAGCCUCACUGGAACACAACGCUACUGGGCUGCAGGAUUUCUCACAUGUCUUUAAGCUUAAUUUCAUGUCACACUAGGCAAAUAGCUAUUAUUGGUCCAACUGAGGUGAUUAAAUAAAAAAAAAAGACAUAAAACAUUGUCUAGAA